AUGAAAAGAAACAAGACUGAAAACCAGUAUUCAUAUUCACUUAAGUAGAUUCUCUAAAACUAAUUACAUACGAUUAUUAAACCUUGAUAAGAUUCAUGUAUCUCUGCCAACUACUCCAAGAAAAACUAAAUUCAAAUCUCUUAUCCCUAGUCAUUAAGAUGUUCAAAAUCAUCCCAUUUUAUUAAGUUCAUUAUUAUGUGAUCUACCCUUCAAUAAUACUAACAUUAGAUAAAUACCUACUCUUCCUACUUCUAAUCAUUAUUAUUGUAAAAGUACUACUAAAACACAUACACCUUCAUCUAUUUAGAUUAUGCAAACCAAAAAAUUACAAUUUAAUCAUAAACCUUAAAGAUUUUUAGUUAAAUUGAAUAAAAAAAUACCAAAAAUACUAUCCAAAUAAUCUUAAAUCAUUAGAUCUCAAACAUAUCGCCCUAAUUAAACUGCUACCAAAUUUCACUCACUUACUAUUGAUCCCAAAUUUCAACUCAUUAAUGAUAUUACAAAAAACGAUUUCAAAUCUGAAAUACUCUCCAAAUAAACUCAACCUAAUUUAAUCUCAGUCCCUUAAUUACCAAAUUCUAAUAAAGUCUCUAGAUAUAGAGAUUUCUCAGAAAUUGA